UUGGCUUGUUGAAUUAAUCUUAAUUGUAAUUCUAUUGAUAUUUGUUUAAUUGUCUCCAUUUUGUGUCUCUCUUUUUGAUUAACAUCCCAAUUUACCGUUGAAUUGAUAAUCUGUCUCUCUCUCAAUCAUUUCACUUUCUAUCUUGUGACCAUUUUGUUAGUUUCUCAACCUUCUUUUGUUUCUUGACUCUCUUUCACACUCCCUCUCUUUCUCUCUCUCUCUUUCCUUUCCUUACCUUUUCUUUUUGUCUUAAUUUUUUUUAAUUAUUAUUCCAUCACCAUUACUAUCAAAACAGUAACAUCUUCUAGCAAUAUGAGUGACACAGAGGAAACUAAAAAAACCGCGGCUCCUGAAGAAGAAGAGGAGGAGUAUAUUGUGGAGAAAAUAUUGGACAAAAGGACGCGCGGUGGAAGAGUUGAAUAUUUCUUAAAAUGGAAAGGUUACUCGGAAAGUGAUAACACGUGGGAACCGGUGGAAAAUCUUGACUGUCCUGAUUUGAUCAGUGAAUUUGAAGAAGACAGGAAAAGAAAAAAGAAUGAGAAAAAAGGAGGCUCAGGAGGAACCGGUGGAUCUGUUGCUGGGGAUGAUAAGAAAAGAAAAUCAGCUUCAGUUGAUGGUGAUAAGAAAAAGAAAAAAGCUGAUGAAGAUAAACCUCGAGGAUGGGAUCGUGGUCUUGAACCUCAAAAGAUCAUUGGUGCAACUGAUGCUUCAGGAGAGCUCAUGUUCUUAAUUAAAUGGAAGGAUUCUGAAGAUGCCGAUCUCGUCACUGCAGCGACAGCGAACGUUAGAUGUCCACAAGUUGUGAUCAAAUUUUAUGAAGAGCGUUUAACAUGGCACACAGCUAAUAACGAUGAAAAGGCCGAAAAAGAUUAAAGGACAAAUAAAAAAAUGGAUUCAAGAGAAAACAAAUUCAUUUCCAUUUAUCAUUCUCUCUAAAUUUUCAAUUGUUUUUCCCCCAAUUUUCCCUCCUUUUCUCUUCUCAACCUUUUCUCAUCCUCAUCCCAGUUUAUAUUUUUCUUUUCAUCAACUCACAAACACACACAUUCAACACUUAAGACCUCAUCAGUUAUUAAACAUUAAAACCAAUGAUUAUUGAA